UUGUGCGCAUGCGCGGGUGGUUAAGGCUCAUCUUCAUCACAUCCAGCAGUUGUCCCGGUGUUGUACUAUCAACUACUGCUGCUGGUUAACGUCUGACCACUGGCACGUCAAGCACGUCGGAGUGACGCUCACGCCGCCGAACCGAGCCCUCAACCGGACCUCACAGGAGUCCCACGCACACGCGGAUUUUGAGUCCUGAUCCCAGUUCAGCUGGUUCAGUGGUCUCCAAUCAUCUGAAGCUCAGUUAUCCUUCAGUAGUGGCAUCCUGUUCUUCUUCAAAACCUUCCACUUGAGCAGACAUGCCUCCAGCGUUGGGUGGUCCUGUGGGGUACACCCCACCUGAAGGUGGCUGGGGCUGGGCAGUGGUGGUGGGAGCAUUCAUCUCCAUUGGCUUCUCCUAUGCCUUCCCCAAAUCCAUCACAGUGUUCUUCAAAGACAUCGAGAUCAUCUUCAAUGCCACACCCAGUCAGGUGUCCUGGAUCUCCUCCAUCAUGCUCGCCGUCAUGUAUGCUGGAGGCCCGAUCAGCAGUAUCCUUGUGAACAGAUUUGGCAGUCGUCCAAUCAUCCUCGUCGGUGGUUGUCUGGCGGGGUCAGGACUGGUCGCGGCCUCCUUCUGCCACACAGUGGAGCAGCUCUACUUCUUCAUAGGAGUAGUGGGAGGUUUGGGACUUGCAUUCAACUUGAAUCCAGCCCUCACUAUGAUCGGUAAAUACUUUUACAAGCGUAGGCCCAUCGCUAAUGGCAUCGCCAUGGCAGGCAGCCCGGUGUUUCUGUCCACCCUGGCUCCUCUCAACUCCUGGCUCUAUGAUGAGUUUGGGUGGAGAGGCAGCUUCCUCAUACUGGGCGGACUCCUGCUUAACUGCUGUGUGGCUGGCUCCCUAAUGCGCCCCAUCGGACCCAAACCUCAGCCCGCAAAGCCCGACGCGGAGGCUGGGGAGACCAAAGCAGUGGACGCAGUACAGCCACAGCAAAAGAAGACGGUCCUGCAGACCAUCAACUCCUUCAUUGACCUGACACUGUUCAAACAUCGCGGUUUCCUGCUGUACCUGUUGGGAAAUGUGAUUAUGUUCUUCGGCCUCUUUGCUCCACUUGUCUUCCUUUCGAACUUUGCUAAGAGUAAAGACAUCAGCAAAGACAAGGCGGCUUUCCUUCUGUCAGUUCUAGCCUUUGUUGACAUGUUUGCCCGGCCCUCCAUGGGCCUGCUUGCUAACACCAAGUGGGUCCGGCCCAGGAUACAGUACUUCUUUGCUGCUGCCGUCCUUUACAACGGCGUGUGUCACGUGAUGGCACCGGUGACAAAGGACUACACUGGAUUUGUGGUGUACGCCAUCUUCUUUGGUUUUGCCUUCGGGUGGCUGAGUUCAGUGUUGUUUGAGACACUGAUGGACCUGGUGGGGGCUCAGAGGUUUUCUUCAGCUGUAGGUCUUGUCACUAUAGUGGAGUGUGCACCAGUGCUGUUGGGCCCACCGCUAACAGGUGCGUUCUAUAACGAUUACAAAACCUAUGAGUACACCUACUUAACCUGUGGCAUCAUCCUCAUCAUCGCAAGUGUGUUCCUCUUUGUGGGAAUGGGCAUCAACUACCGCAUGUUGGAUCGAGAGAGGAAAGAGGAGGAGAGGAGAGCAAGAGAGGAGCCAAAGGAGGAGUGCGCCGCCAUGUUGGCCCCUUCCUCUCCGUCAAAGUCAAACGAGGGUGCGAGUGAGGAAACCGAUGCCGUGGUCCGAGUGGAGGACGUGGCAAAGAUGGACGAGGACACGGUGUAGAACAAAAAAUAAAGACAACAAAACAGAGAAGAAUACACACUUUGCAUUUCAUACGUCACUGAAACACACACAAUUGGCAGUUGCUCAUUUCAGUGAAGCCACAUUCUUUAUAGAGUGACAUUUAAACACAACCCUGAAGCCAUAGAAACAGUUUUAACUCACUUUAAAAAAAAACAACUGCAACCUGUUUCCAUGAUGUGAUGCUUAGCCGCGUUAGUACCUUUUGUUUUGGCCUUUGACGUGCCUUUGCUAAAACUCAAGUCCUUCAUAAGCAUACUGUAUAAAUGCCACACAGACACAAUGGCUGUAAGAUGAUAAUCCGUUAAAAUGAUGGAGACUUGCAC